UGGUAAUGUGCGGACCGGCUGCUAAUGGUCAGCUGAUGUGUCAGACAGAGUCCAGCCCUCAAGCUUUGUUUUGUUGACGUUUAAUUGGAGCAAAAGUCUUCUAGCCAUUGCAUGCGUUACUAAAGGAACAUUUACUCGUUAUUCUGUGACAUCUCUCUUCAUUAUUUGACAACAUUGUCUUAAGCGGAAGCGAAAAAGAUGAAUCGAGUGACCCCAAGAUGCGCUGUCAAUAUGUUGACGUUUUCAUCGCUAGUGUGUUUUCUGCUGAUAUUAUAUGCACAAACAUCAGAAGCUAAGAAUUCAGAAGACAUCAGGUGCAAAUGUAUCUGUCCACCCUAUAAGGAGAUUGAUGGGCAGAUCUACAAUCAAAACGUUUCCUUGAAGGACUGCAAUUGCCUUCAUGUGGUGGAGCCGAUGCCUGUUGAAGGCAAGGAUGUGGAGGCUUACUGUUUACGUUGUGAAUGCAAAUAUGAGGAAAGGAGCUCUGGAACCAUCAAAGUCACCAUUAUAAUAUAUCUCUCUAUUCUGGGCCUUCUGCUGUUGUAUAUGGUCUAUCUGACACUGUUGGAGCCUAUUUUGAAGAGAAGGCUGUUUGGCCAUUCACAGCUCAUUCAGAGUGAGGACGAUGUUGGGGACCAACAGCCCUUCGCCAAUGCCCAUGAUGUGCUUUCCCGUUCUCGCUCUCGCUCCAACAUGCUCAACAAAGUAGAGCAUGCUCAGCAGCGCUGGAGGAGGCAGGUCCAAGAACAGCGCAAGUCUGUCUUUGACCGUCACGUGGUUCUCAGCUAAAAGCAUUCACAGUCUGGACUGUUACAUGUGGGUUCUGGUACUGUGCUGAAGGCUGGGUCUUCUCCAUGAUGUCUGAGCAGCCCCCAGUGACCCCAGUGUGUACAUCUCUUUUUGGUGUGUGUAGGUUUGUCGUCUUGACCAAUGCAUGCGACAAAACCUUGUUUAUUAUUAGUCUUGCUUGUUAUACAGACUGUUUGCAUUAAUUAUCACUUGCAUUAAUUAUCACUGUGUUCCUGCAUUUUGAAAUCAUGCACUCUAAAAUUAGCAACAAAAAAAGUUUACUUCUACUGCAGUCCAGUCACACCGAAUUUGAUAUGGGGAUAGAAGUGCCAAUUUCCUCAAAAAAUUUGCUGAUGCAUUUAUUCACAAAAUGUUUUUUUAUAAAUGUCAGAAUUGAUACUAAACCCAAAAUAUUGAUAUCCAGUCUUUAGUAGUUUAUUGUACAUAGUAAAAUUCCCCUCUCUCGCUCUUCUCUUUCUUACCUUGCAGUUUACUGUCAACUAUUAUUUGUAAAUAAUAAUCUGUGGAUGUGUUUUGUCAUUGUCCCCCAAUAAUAUGCUAUUUAAUGACUAACUUCCCAGGUCAGUUCUUCUCUAGCUUUGUGUAGAUUCAGGUUCCUGAUUCAUGGUGUAAAAAUAUUCAAUUCUUUUUUUUGUUUUUGUUUUUACCACUCUUGAUGGACAGUACUUUCCAUGGCACAUUCUUUGAAGAUUUCAAAAUUAUACUCUUUGUCAUUAAUAUGUGUAUAUAUAAUAAUUGAAAUGUUCAGGUACAUGAUUUAACAGAGAGAGCUGUUUUGACAUUUUGAUUUACAUUACAGUUCUCUUAAUAGGUGAACUAUG